UAAAAUCCCUUUUCCUUCUGCUGUCUCUACCCUCGCGACCAGUUGGGGAAUCAGGUUUGGUCCAGAAUCAGAGGGCUAUUUCUCGUCAUCGUUUUCCUUAUGUAAAAUUCUUAUUCAUCAUCAGAGAGGCUGGGUCGUUGCAAGGAAAGGAGCAACCAGCAUACAAGUCUGCAGUAACAAUAUUAAUGGAUACCAGUAUAGUGGAUGAAGCCUCCUCUCCAUCCUCUUCAUCCUGCUCCUCAAAUGAUGAGAUGUAUGAUGUGUUCUUGAGCUUUAUCGGCGUAGACUCACGCAAGACCUUCACGGACCACCUCUACUGGACAUUGAAAGACGCUAGAGUCGACGUCUUUAUUGCUGAGAAUAAACUAAGAGGACCAAAACUGAUGCAAGCAAUUGAACAAUCCAGAAUCGCUGUCAUCAUCUUCUCAAGUUGGUAUGUAUUUUCCAUAGGGUGUCUUCGGGAGCUGGAGAAGAUCAUGGAGUGUAGAAGAACAUUAGGGCAAAUGGUUUUGCCAAUUUUCUAUCAUGCUGAUCCUAAAGAUGUCGGGAGACAAAUCGAUAGUUUUCCAGUGCACGACCGUGGAGUUAAAGUUUGGGAAGAAAUGAUGCGGUCAUGGAGAAAGUCUCUAAUUGAAGCUACAAAUUUGUGCGGCCUUGUUUAUACGAAGAGUGAUGGGUAUGAAGGAAUGUUUAUCAGAAAAAUUGUUGACGAGAUCACCAGAAAAUUGAAUAGCACAUGCGUAGACAUAGUCACCAAACAAGUAGUAGAUUCUAUGUUGCAAGAAAUCGGUAAUGAUUUAACAGUUCAAGUUGGAAAGGAUUCUCGCUUGCAAGAAAUUAGUACUCAUUUAGAUGUUGGAGGCCCAAAUGAUACUCGCAUUCGACUCCGAGGCAAAAGGCCCUCCCCUCUCAAAGUCAACAAAGAGUCGGACAAAGAAGCAAGCACCACAUGGCCAUGGGACAAGGGUCAUCGAAGCCAAUCUUAGUGAGUUCAGGUCCUUAGUCCAACGCUUUACCAGCGCUUCCUCUUCACCGCCCUCCGGUGAUGGUGGCCUCUCACCAGCUGCAAGACUCACCUCCAUCAACAAAACAAGCCCUAAUUGAAGGCAGCCGUUAGCCACUGUUGAAGGCAGCUGAUGCCACGUGGAACUUGCACUCUCAUUGAUUUCUUCUCUAUUUACAAAAAGCACAAGAGAAUGGAAUUGCAUUGGAUAAAUUGAAAACACUUUGUCCUUGGGAAACUCACGUGAAGCUUAAAAUAAGUAAUAGGAAUGAGCCUUUUAACUGUUGGUGAUAAAAAACAAGCUGAUGAUGCAUGGUUUGGUUCAAGAUAUGGACAGAGAAAUCAUACGUGCAAAAUCUUUACAUCCAUGGAAGGCCUAGUAGAUUGUGGAAUCAUAAAAUGUAAAACACCUACUGAGGAACCAAUUGGUAACAUUUGCGAUCAAUUGUAUUACAUGCAUGUAGGUAACGAAAGAGAAGUAUAUGUAUAUCCCACAUCUAAUAAAUUUUAUGCCCAGGACGUGCCAACAAUAUACAAUGAGGUUCCGACCAGGUACAGUAUAAUCAUAACCUCAACCAAUUUAUUAGUCUGUUCCAUCAGGUUCUGUAAGUAUCAGCAUCAUGCUUUCUUUCUUUUAUUUUAUUUUUUAUUUUUGUUUUUGGUUUUUCUAACAGUUUCUUUGGAUGUUGAAGUCUCUUGAUCUCAGACAUUCCUCCUGCCUGAAACAA